CUCUCAUUCGUUCGCUUACCAUUCCAAUUGUGUUGGGGUUUUGCAGUAAAUCGAGAUCGCGAUGGCAGAGAGAAACGAGAAAAUCGGAAUCGUCGGCAGCGGUCACAUCGGACGUAGUUGGGCGAUGCUCUUCGCGAGCGUUGGCUAUCAGGUAAUGAUCUACGAUGUAGUCCAGCAGCAGAUCGAUAAUGCUCUCGAGGACAUACUCCAGCAGUUGAAACGGCUCGAGUCUAACGAUCUAUUGCGCGGAAAACUCAGCGCCGAACAGCAGUUCAGUCUCAUUCAAGGUACUUCGAGUCUCAGCGAAACGGUAAAGGGCGCAAAGCUAAUCCAGGAAUGCAUACCCGAGCGUAUCAAUCUGAAACUAGAGCUGUUCAAGGAGCUGGACACCGUCAUUGACGAUGAGAUUAUCGUUUCCUCGUCCACGUCCACGUUUAAACCCUCGCUCUUCAGCGAGAAAAUGAAGCACCGCGAGCAGGUGCUCGUUUCACACCCCGUAAAUCCGCCUUAUUACGUGCCUCUAGUAGAAAUCGUCCCCUCCCCAUGGACACGAAAGGAAUUGCUAACAAAGACGAAGGCAAUAAUGAUCGAGAUCGGUCAAGCCCCCGUAGUGCUGAAUCGCGAAACCGAUGGCUUUGCUUUAAACAGAUUACAAUAUGCGAUUUUAAAUGAGGCCUGGCGAUUGGUUGCUGAUGGUAUUUUAGAUGUGAAAGACAUCGAUACCGUAAUGUCCGAAGGUUUGGGAAUGCGAUAUGCAUUCCUUGGACCUUUCGAAACUUGUCACCUCAAUGCCGAAGGCAUGAAAAAAUAUUGCGAAACAUACAGUAAAAGUAUUUACGAUACAAGUAUGACGUUCGGCCCGACUCCGAAAUUCGAGGGCGAAAUGGUUGACGAGAUUAGUCGGCAAUUGAAUGAAAUUUGUCCACUUAAUAAACUGCAAAAAAGACGAGCCUGGAGAGAUUUGGCACUGAUGAAACUAUCGACACUUAAACAAGAGAUUGAUACGAUAAAAUAAAUACGAUUAAAAAAAUCAUAUAAACAGCAACGAUG